CGGAUCCAGAGUGCAUCGGGAGCGCGCAGAGCCGCACCGGGAACGUGAAGCAGAGACAGAACAGACAGCAGGUCGGUCGAUGAGCGGAGAGACGGACCACAAAAAAAAAGUCCUGGCGACAGUAACAGCAGACCUGAAGCCUUGGUGUCUGUGGCGGCGUUUUUCCUUCUCCUGUGGACUAACGUUACGGGAAGUUUGAUUCAGCAACACAGACGAACGGACAGGGUCAGAAACGCUGUCCACCAUGUCGGGGAGCAGGGAGGAGGAGAGGAGGAAACUGGCCGACAUCAUCAACCACUGGAACGCCAACCGGCUCGACCUGUUCGAGAUCAGCCGGCCCACAGAGGACUUGGAGUUCCAUGGCGUGAUGCGGUUCUACUUCCAGGACCGGGUUGCCGGUAACUUUGCCACCAAGUGCAUCAGAGUGUCCAGCACAGCGACAACGCAGGACGUCAUUGAGACGUUAGCCGAGAAGUUCAGACCAGACAUGAGGAUGCUCUCCUCGCCAAAAUACUCCCUGUACGAGGUCCAUGUCAGUGGCGAAGAGCGUCAGCUGGACCUGGACGAGAAGCCGCUUGUUGUUCAGCUGAACUGGAACAAAGACGACAGAGAGGGACGCUUCGUCCUGAAGAAUGAGAACGACAUCCUGCCCAAGAAGAGUCAGAGUAAUGGGCCCGAGAAGGAGAAGGAUGGAGUGAUUCAGAACUUCAAGAGGACUUUGUCCAAGAAGGAGAAGAAGAAGGAAAAGAAGAAAGAGAAGGAGUUCGCCCGGAUCCCUGACGGAGAUGAGCAAAUGCUCAGCCGGGAGGACGGGGAAAACAGUCGGCUGGCGGCAGAGGUCUACAAAGACAUGCCCGAGACCAGCUUUACCAGGACAAUCUCCAACCCAGAGGUGGUGAUGAAGCGGAGGCGCCAGCAGAAGCUGGAGAAACGCAUGCAGGAGUUCAUGAGCAGUGAUGGGAGGCCCGACUCAGGGGGAACUUUGCGGAUAUAUGCAGACAGUCUGAAGCCCAACAUCCCCUACAAGACCAUCCUGCUCUCCACAAGAGACACAGCUGACUUUGCCGUGGUGGAGGCGUUGGAGAAGUACGGACUGGAGAAGGAGAACCCCAGAGAGUACUGCAUCGCCCGGCAAGAUGAUAAGUCGGGCAAGGAGGCGAUUCUGGACGAUACUGAGUGUCCGCUGCAGAUCUUCAGGGACUGGCCUGCCGACAGAGGAGCGCUAGUGUUCCAGCUGAAGAAGAGACCCCCAGACUACCAGGGGAGGAAGGGAAGAAAGGUGGACGACAAGGGCCUCCGAGGGAAGGAAGGCAGCAGCUCCCUGCCGCCUGAGAAACUGCCUUAUCUGGUGGAGCUGAGCCCAGGGCGAGGGAAUCACUAUGCCUACUACGCCUAUCGGCACCACGAAGACGGGUCUGACUCACGGGACAAGCCAAAGCUGUACCGGCUUCAGCACAGCAUCACUGAGGUCGGCUCAGACUGCACAGAGGAUGGAGCCAUCCAGCUGCUAGGUCCGGGGAUUCUUCCCCAUCACUGCAACCUGAUGCACAGUGAAGGUAUGGUGACUGUGACGCCGCACGGCCCCGACGCCGACACCUUUGUCGAUGGACAACGCAUUACCGAGACAACAGUGCUGCGCCCGGGCUCCACCCUCCAGUUUGGUUCUGCUCACGUCUUUAAGUUUGUGGACCCAAUGUUCGACCAGGGAGGGAAGAGAGAACCGGCAGCCAUGAUGAGGAGCCGACACAAGUCUGGCAGUGUACCAGAAACCAACUUCGACCUUCACGGAGACGUCCACAGUGGAGCUGCCCUGCCUACCAGCAAGAGCUCAGGAAAACUGGAAAUGGAGAGAGGAAUGGUCAAACCCAUGAUCAGAGGAGAGCAGCAGGACAGCAGGUCUCAGGACAUUUCAGCAGACAGAACAGAGUUGACUCUGCCAGCCAGCAUUGAGUUUAGAGAUAACUCUGAAGACACCUUCCUGUCAGCCAUCAUCAAUUACACCAACAGCUCCACAGUUCACUUCAAACUCUCACCCACGUAUGUCCUGUACAUGGCCUGCCGCUACGUCCUCUCGCCCUCUUACCGGCCAGACAUGUCGCCGUCCGAGAGGACACACAAGGUCAUCGCCAUCGUCAACAAGAUGGUGAGCAUGAUGGAGGGAGUCAUCCAGAAGCAGAAGAACAUUGCAGGAGCGCUGGCUUUCUGGAUGGCCAACGCCUCCGAGCUGCUCAACUUCAUCAAGCAGGACCGAGACCUGAGCCGCAUCUCGCUGGACGCCCAGGACAUCCUCGCCCAUCUGGUGCAGAUGGCCUUCAAGUACCUGGUUCACUGUCUCCAGGCUGAUCUGAAUAACUACAUGCCUGCCUUCCUGGACGACCCAGAGGAACAUAAUCCACAAAGACCCAAGAUAGAGGAUGUCCUGCACACCCUGACGGGGGCGAUGUCGCUACUGCGGCGGUGUCGGGUCAACGCCGCGCUGACCAUCCAGCUCUUCUCGCAGCUCUUCCACUUCAUCAACAUGUGGCUGUUCAACAAGCUGGUGACGGACACAGAGUCAGGGCUGUGUUGCCACUACUGGGGGGCCAUCCUCCGUCAGCAGCUCAGCCACAUCGAGGCCUGGGCCGAGAAGCAGGGCCUGGAGCUCGCUGCUGACUGCCACCUCAGUCGAAUUGUACAGGCCACCACCCUGCUGACCAUGGACAAGUACUCCAUGCAGGAUGUGCAGAACAUCCAUAACACCUGCUUCAAGCUCAACUCCCUGCAGCUCCACGCCCUCAUGACCAACUACCACUGUGCUCCAGAUGAACCUUACAUCCCGCCUGAGCUGAUAGACCACGUGGUGGCAGUGGCGGAAAACACAGCAGAUGAGCUGGCGAGGAGUGACGGGAGAGAGGUUCAGCUGGAGGAGGAUCCAGACCUCCAGCUGCCCUUCCUCCUUCCCGAGGAUGGGUACUCCUGCGACGUGGUACGCAGCCUCCCCAACGGCCUGCAGGACUUCCUGGACCCGCUGCUGCAGAGAGGCUUUUGUCGGUUAACACCCCAUCCUCGUUCACCCGGUACCUGGACCGUCCACUUUGAAGGAGCUGACUGUGACAGCCACUUCUCUGCAGCUGACAACUCUGAAAUGCCAAUGAGGAAAGAGCCGGAGGUUGUCACAGUAACCCUGAAGAAGCACAACGGCAUGGGCCUCAGCAUUGUGGCUGCCAAGGGUGCUGGCCAGGAGAAGUUGGGCAUCUACAUCAAGUCUGUUGUCAAAGGAGGAGCAGCUGACAUGGACGGUCGUUUGGCUGCAGGUGACCAGCUGUUGAGUGUGGACGGGCGCAGUCUGGUCGGCCUAUCGCAAGAGAGGGCGGCAGAGCUGAUGACCAGGACGGGCGCAGUUGUUACUUUGGAGGUCGCCAAACAGGGGGCCAUUUACCACGGACUGGCUACCCUCCUCAACCAGCCGAGCCCCAUGAUGCCAAGAGCAUCGGACCGAGGCCGUGAGAAGAACGGGAAAAUGCGACCAAAGAGCGAAGGCUUUGAGUUGUACAACAGCUCGGUGCAGAACGGCUCUCCAGAGAGUCCGCAGGCGGGCUGGGACUGUUACCCCGAACCAAAGAAGAUGAGCGGCGAAGACCGGCUUCUCAAGAACCGAGCCGACCACCGCUCCAGCCCCAACGUGGCCAAUCAGGGCCAGAGUCCCGCAGGCAAAGCGGUUUACCCCGGAGGACCUGGCACUAAGAUCACCUCCGUCUCCACCGGCAACCUGUGUGCGGAUGAUGAGCCCUCCCCUCCCCGUCCAGAGGCCUACCCCAUCCCCACCCAGACCUACCCCAGGGAGUACUUCACCAUCCCGGCCUCCAAGAGCCAGGAUCGGGUAGUGGGUCCUGGGCAGGGCCCCUCACAGCACUGGCAGGGCAUGGAGGACAGAGAACGCCUCGCCGUGGUGGACAACAUCCACAAUAGCAUGCAGCGGGUCAACCACUCUCAGGAGGAGCUGUACCCCCCGCCAGGAGGUCUGAGGCCAGACGAGCGCAUGCAGCCACACUACCAACAGGACUACCAGCAUCGGGACCUGGACUACCAACACAGAGACCUUGACUACCAGAGAGGUCCACCAGGAGGCGUGGGAGGUCCUGACCACUGGGCCCCUCAGCCGCAGGUGUCCUCCUCGUUGGAGUCAUCCACAUCUAGCCAGGAGCACCUCAACUUCUCAGCCUCCUCCUCCUCCUCCAACAAGACCCAGAACCAGAAGACCGGGCCGGGCCGAUGGAAGACGCCCAACGCCCCUCACGCUGUGCCGCCACAUUCGGCCCAGCCGCCAUCCCGCUCGGAUCUUCCCCCUCCUCCGCCACCGCCGCCAGCUCCUUACCCCGACGCCUACGACCCCUACGACCCCCAGCCUGACCUGCCGCUCCCACCCCCUCCCUCUGCUGUCAACCCCGCAGCAGCUCAGCAGGCUGCCGACCGCAAGAAACGUGAGGAGCAGCAGCGCUGGUAUGAGAAGGAAAAAGCUCGGCUGGAGGAGGAGAGGGAGAGGAAGAGGAGGGAGCAGGAGCGGAAGUUGGGUCAGAUCCGGGCCAACCCCGUCAUGCCCGUCCAGCCUCACAACAACGGAGGAGCCAUGCCUCCUCCUCACCACCAGCCGCCUCUGGCGUCUGUGGCCCCACCCCAGCCCUACCCGCCCCCGCAGCCUCAACCCCAGCCUCCCCCAUCCAGACCGGAGAAGCUCGCCACCCUGCCGCGGUCAGCUGUUCCUCCGCCUGCCAGUGCCUCCAACCCCGCCGGCAUGGACACGGUGAUCAGGGAGCUCCUACCGCAGCAGCAGCCGCGGACCAUCGAGAGGCGAGACCUGCAGUACAUCACCAUCAGUAAGGAGGAGCUGACGUCCAGCGACAGUCUGUCUCCGGACCCCUGGAAGAGAGACGCCCGCGAGAAGGCCGAGAAACAGCAGCAGCUCCACAUCGUGGACCUGCUGGACAAGGAGAUCCAGGAGCUCCAGGCUAAGCCGGAGCGAACAGCGGAGGAGAGCGACCGCCUCAGGAAGCUGAUGCUAGAGUGGCAGUUCCAGAAACGACUGCAGGAGUCCAAGCAGAGCGACGAAGACGAGGAGGAGGAGGAUGACGAGGACAUGGACACCAUGAUGAUCAUGCAGAGGCUGGAGGCCGAGAAGAGAGCCAGGCAGCAGACUGCUGUCCCAGCUAUCUCUGUUCUAGACUUGUUGCAGGACGAGGAGCGACGGCGUAAGCAGCAGCUGGAGGAGAUUCGCAAGCGGGAGGCGGAGGAACGAGCAAAGCAGGAGGAGGAGAGGAGGUGGAGGGAGGAGGAGAGAGCCAAACGAGAGGCAGAGGAGAAGAGGAGACAGGAGGAGGAGUACUACACUCGCCUGGAGGCCGAGCGGCGCCGGCAGCACGAGGAGGCCGAGAGAAAGCUGCUGACGCCCGACGAGCCGGCCGGUCUGUAUCGGCCCCCGCUGCCCCGGGAUUACCAACCCCCCGCCCCCCACAACCCUACUAACACCCCCCCGCCCCCCCCACAGAGAAACACCUCCUACCUCAAAACCCAGGUCGCCUCCCCCGACACGCUCUACACCGCCAAGUUUGUCUCCUACGCGGGCGAUGAGGAAAACGAGGAGGAAGGCAAGGAAGCCCCCCGAGCAGGGAGUGGCGGCGGCGGGCAGUCAGGUCAGGUGAAGCUGUCGGCGACCCGGAAGUCGUACGGCGACCUCCCGGCCGCCGCCUCGCCAAAUCACAGCAGGCCUCAGCCGCCGCCCACUGCGCGCAAGCCCCGUCCUCUUUCUGACGGCAUCUUCCUGUCUGGCUCGUUCCAGCCGCCAGUCAACAACUCCAACAGUACAGGUCCCCCCCUUCCUGCCAAACCCAGCUCCAUCCCCCCAGGAGGCUUUAAAGGAUUUAACUCGUACACUGGAAACUUGGCAGGAGUUGUAGGAUCAGGAGAAGUCUACAAGGAACCGCGAGACAAAUGGACGAAGAGUCAGGAGCAGGAGAACUCGAUCCCCAGCGGCGCUCCGGAGAGUCUGACCUUCAAGGAGCGCCAGCGUCUCUUCUCUCAGGGGAAGGAGGUUUCCAACAAGGUCAAGGCUUCGCGCAAACUCACGGAGCUGGAGAACGAGCUCAACACCAAACAGUAGACCCGAGCCUUUCACCUCCCAGUGCCACCUCGACGCCAGCGUCACCACGGUAACGUUGAGGUGCUCCUGGGGGGAAGAAGAAGAAGAAGAAGAAAAAAAAAAAAAACAGGUCGAGAGAGCCGGCGCUCGCUUCCCUACCACUGACUGUCUCCUCCUGUUUGUGUUGUUUUCCCCUUUUUAUUUUUUUAUUUUAAUCAUCCGAUAACUGGACCAUUCACUAUUUUGACGUAGCUAUAUCGUUGCAAUAGGAGAGACAUUUAUGGCUUAAAAAUUUCUUCCCCCCUCGUUAAGGUCUGUCAAAGAUAUAUAAUGAUAAAGCACUGUAAAAAAGUUUUAAUUAUAUCUAGUGAGAAUUUGAGAAUCACACGACAAAGGGGGGAUAUAUUUUUGUUUGUAAAAUGGUUUUGGGGGCAAGGGACGGAGAAAGGUUUCUUCUCAUUUUAAUUUUUUUUUUUUUUUUAAAUAGCUUACUGAAAUACGAACAAUUUUACGGUGUUAUUUUAUGCUCUGUUUCUGCAUCAUGUUGUUUUCACACUUUUAAUUCCUUCUUGCCAGCAGAAAUGCCCGAGGUUGAGCUCCAGACCGGUCUUUAUUUUUAUUUUCUUGUUUUUUUUUUUUUUAAAUUUAAAUUCUCAGUGAGUGAAAACACUGUUAUUUCAUUCCGUAGCAAGAAAGCAUGGGAUUUUUUUUUUUUUUGUUUUUUCUUUUCUUUUGUGAUGUUUUAGCUAAACUCUGAAAGAUUCUCCAGAGGAGGAUUGUACAGUCCAGAGAAGGAUCUUUAAGUGCACAACAUUACUGUAAAUAUUCGGGUCCACAACUGUCUCACUCUUUUACUACUGUAGAAACCUGCCAGGCUACUAAAAACUGCAAAACUAAUGUGACGUAACAGCAUUUUGGUGACAGAAAAUCCAACAGGAAGUUUGGCCAAAACUGGACUGUCUCCCUGCUGCUCCUCACUGUCAGUGGAGUUAAAAUUUUUAAAUGUUUCGCCCCAACCUGAGGUGACUUUCAUUUUACUUUCUUUUAAAUCAAAUAGUCUUUUUUUUUUUUUUUUUGCAGAGUUGUGUGAAAUUAAUUUGACUGGAUUAUAACCUAAAUUCAAGCCGGAAAAAUUAACUCCUUUCAUUCACAGUGUGAUUGAUGCUGGUUUUCACAAUAAAAAAA